GUCGGCGCCAACGACAGUGAGGAUGCGCCUCUUCCUCACGCACGUCCUGAUUUGCCCAUCGGACACGACUUUGACAACUAUCAGUUUACUUUCGCACACAUGUGAUGUCCCUGUUGACCAGCUCUGCUGAUGUGCGUCCGGAGGCCUCGGUUCCCUCCGCCCUCACCGGAUCUCAUCAUGACCUCCUCCUUCCCAUCGCAAGUCCUGGCAUCCGGAGUCCUGGUGAGGAUGAACGAGAGCCAUUCCUCAACGAGCCCAACCGCACGCAGCCAGGGUUUGUCGCAAAAAUAAUCGAGCAUGUAACGGACAGAUGGCUGCAGACACGGCAAUUCAUCACGUCGGAUGAAGGGAUCGGAGUCUUGAAAUGUGGUCUGGCAUACCUCCUCGGCUCCCUGGCCACGUUCAUCCCCGUGGUUGCGGCAUUACUAGGUCCUCAAGAAGGAAAACAUAUCGUCGCCACCAUCACGGUGUACUUCCACCCCGCGCGGUCAAAAGGGAGCAUGUAUAAAGCCCUGAUAUGCGCCGCCCUCGCAUUCAUCUACGCGGCAUUCGUCUCGCUCACAAGCAUGUACGUGACCAUAUACUUCCAUCAGCGGCGCAUGAUUGAACUGGGCCAUGCGCUGGUUUUGAUCAUUUUUGUCGGCCUGGGAUUCGGGUUCAUUGCGUGGACAAAGCAGAAGAUGAGCGAUCCACUGGUCAAUGUCGCCUGCUCGCUGGCGUCGCUUGCACUGAUCGUGGUUCUCACGAAAGAAGGCGCCAUUCAGCGGGGCAGUGUCUCGCUCGCAAAGGUAUCACAGGUCUUGAAGAUGCUCCUCAUGGGCAUUGGUGCCACGAUGACCGUAUCGUUUCUGGUCUUCCCGGUCUCGGCACAGAAGAAACUGCGCUCGAACCUGGCCGUGGCCACCAGGUCAAUGGCGAUCAUACAAUCGACCAUCACGGAGGGGUUCCUGCGAAGGACGCAACACGAUUUGCAGGGAUUCGAUUAUACCGGAGCGUCCACGCGUCUGAAGAAGGCCCACGGGGAGUUACACAAGCUGCUAUAUGAGACGAAGCUGGAGCAGUACGUUGCAGGCUGGGAGAGAGCAUACUGUCAUGAGGAAAAACUGGUUCACUGGGCCCAUGGCAUCGUACAUACUACGGGCGCUCUACACAGCUCGGCACUUUUAGCUUUAGAGACGCUCAAGCGACCUAAGUUCGCCGACCAUCCUCUUGAUGGUCCCAAUGCGAAUGCCUCCACGGCAACUUCGAACGACCGGCAAAGCACGACAUCUUCCGGCGAUGACCCCAUACUUCAACCGGUAGACAUAGGAAUGUUGGAAAUGACUGCGUUGGAUAACGGCCAGCCCGUCGCGGCACAGCUAGGCAGAGUUAGCGAUGGAUUAGCCCCGGAGAGCUUACUGGUCACGGAGCUCUUUGAUUCCUUUGUUGACCGACUAGGUCCCUCUAUGCGGUCAUUUACUCUCACGUUAAUUAAUAUAUCCGCGGAAAUCCCUCUGGGGCUAUCCCUUGACAACAGAGUCGCUAUGAGCCACGGCUCCGCGGCCAUCCUCACCCAAGCCAUUGAAGAAUAUCGCGAGGCCCAGAGAGAAGCAUUUGGCCUGCUUUACCGAGAGAAAUUGGAUAAUUCAACUGGGACAUUCGAACAGGAAGCAUACUUCAAAGAGGUGGCCGCCAUCUGUGCGCAUUUCAGCCACUCGUUACUGAAGUUCGGUGAACAAUUGGGAGAGUUGCUGACGAUUCUCGCGGACUUCGAAGUUACAACCGCUGGGUACCAUAGAAAGAAAUCAUGGAGUUGGAUCAAGUUCUGGCGACGAGAUCCACCGAGAAGUCGGUAUAUGAAUCAUCCGAAUGAUGGACUAGAUCCCAGACCUUCCCUGACUGAAGUGGCUCCGGGCUAUCACACGGAGCUGCUCGGAACGUCCAGCUUUGAAAGACCUUCCCGAUUACAACCAUUUAGAGAUAGAAUCUGCCGUCAUAUUCGGGGAGCAUCGAGCUUCUUCCGAAAAGACGAAACAAUAUUUGCUUUCAAGGUUGGUGUUGGCGCAGCACUCUUUGCUUUGCCUUCUUUUCUCUCUUUCACGCGGCCCAUAUAUCUUUACUGGAAAGGGGAAUGGGGCCUGGUCUCGUACAUGUUAGUUUGUUCGAUGACUAUCGGUGCGUCAAACACCACUGGGUAUGCCAGAUUUCUGGGGACGUGUAUUGGAGCACUUUGUUCGAUCCUCGUCUGGUCGAUCGCGGGCAGCAAUGCCUUUGGGCUGGCAGUUCUUGGGUUCGUCAUGGCCAUAUGUACCUUCUACAUCAGUCUGCUCAAGGGCCAGGGCCCGUUGGGUCGAUUUAUCAUGCUUACUUAUAAUCUAUCCGUGCUCUAUUCGUUUUCGCUAUCCCAAAGUAGCGCCGACGAAGAUCCCGAUGAGAGAAGCGGUAGCAACCCGGAUAUAACCCAAAUUACCCUGCACCGAGUGGCAGCGGUGCUCUCGGGAUGCAUUUGGGGCAUUAUUGUGACGCGUGGCGUUUGGCCUAUCAGUGCUCGGAAGAAGCUCAGGACUACAUUGAAGCUGGUUUGGCUCCGAUUAGGUCGCAUUUGGGAAACAGACCCCUUGGCUCGGCGAAUUACGAAUCCGGGCGUUGCUGCUUUGUAUAUGACGCCGGAGGACCGGCUCAAAAUGCAGAGCCUGCUCUCAGAGCUCGAGACUCUUCGGGUUGCAGCCCGCUACGAAAUCGAAUUGAACGCCCCCUUUCCCGACACCGCAUAUGGCAAGAUCAUUCAACACACUCAAUCCAUCGUGGAUGAUCUCCAUGCCCUAGAUCUGCAGCUGCUUGGUAUGCCUCCUUCAGAGCCGCAAUUGUCUCUGCUGCGAUACACGUCUCGGGAGCGACAAAAUCUGUCCGGGCAGAUUAGCCACCUCUUAGGAGCCAUCGCUUCGUCGAUCACGCACGCAUGUCCGCCGAACCAGGUCGACCUUUCCAAAGCGAAGCAUUCACGCGACCGCCUUCUGGCCACUAUUUUCCUCUAUCGCAGUGGGGACGAAACCUCUUCGUCGGCACUUGACGAAACAUACAGCCUAUUGUAUGCCUAUAUUCUCGUCAUCGAUCAGAUCAUCGGCAAGAUGGCGGAGAUCCUGGCCGAUGUCGGUCGCUUAUCGACUGGUAGAGGUAGAGGGGAACGGGUCGUGAAUUACGAGUAACCUUUAGGGGUUGCCUUGGCAAUAUACACACCUCGUUACAGCUUCCAAUUAUUAUUAUUUUUUCUCUUUCUUUGGACUUUACCAAAGUGGAGGAAUGUUAUUAUUUUCCAUCCACCACUUUAUGGAGUCAUACCUCGCUGGCAAGGUGACUGGACUCCACUAGGAAUGGUUAAAGCUUCUUAAUAAGAUGAUGGG